ACCCCAUCUCGCUGUUCUUUCUCUUGUAAGAAGCCUCUUAAGGUGUGUAACCCAAAAGGUGAAGGCGUGUUUGGGAAUAUGUCCUUUGUACCAUAUAGCCUUUGCCCAUCGCUGAGAAGGAGCUGCAGGACGGAACUUUUCUCACGUAAGUUUUAUUGAGAACGAAGUGGUAGGAAAUCCCUUAAUAGACCACAAGUACGGGUCAGAACCUCUAUUACUCGAUGGCGCAGUUAUAGUUAGCAAUGUGUUCCUAACUUCCGCAAGAGCAGGGUUCCUGGUCAGAAGAGAAGGAAUGAUCCAUCCAUUAGGGGAAGAGCCCGCAGCUAUUGGAUAUUAUGUUCGCAAGUGUUUUGUUCAUAUAUAAACCCUAAUUAGGUAAACUGGUUUGACGGUGCCGUUUAUUAGUUGGAAAAUAUUACGACCAUUUAAAUUAGGAAGACGUGAGUUCUUUGGAAAAUCAACUGCUAAUAUCUUUGACCACACAACAAACAAAAGAUUUUGUAAUUUGUACUAUCAUACUAUUAUGUAAUUCAGCAAUCAACAGUACAGAUGUUGUGGUUACAAUCCUUCCUAGCUACUUCAUUAGGUUUGAAAAACUUUUUCUAACAACGUAUCAAACGUUAAUUUAUUUUAAAACUCUUUUAAUGAAUACUUUGUCAUUAGGAUUUACACAAAUGAAAAUGGAGGGAUUCCAAAUGAUGAAUCGAUGAAAUAAUAAUGAGAGAAGAUGAUACAAACAUGAUCAUUAAUCUUAUCUUACAAGCAUCUCAUAUCUCAGUUCUCAGUUUUUUUCUUAUCAACCGGAUAUUAUAAAUUAAAUCACACUGUAAACGGGCCUUUUACGCCACACAACCUUUGUAUACCAAACAUAUAUAUCUACAAAGAAGAAACACCUAAUCCGCAACACACUUGAAAAAUGACCUCACUAAUGAGCACCCUUCUCCUAUUACAAUGUGUAUCUACACUAGUCUUCACUACCAUCUCAACACCACCUGAUGAUCCUGUCAAGUGUGUGUCUGGAAACUCUGACUGUACAGUCACAAACUCAUAUGGAGCCUUUCCAGAUAGAUCCACGUGUCGAGCCGCAGAAGUAACCUAUCCAACCACUGAAGCUGAGCUCAUAUCAAUCGUGGCUGCAGCUACUAAAACCGGACGGAAAAUGCGUGUAACCACAAGAUAUUCCCAUAGCAUCACUAAACUCGUGUGUGUCGACGGAACGGACGGUUUGUUCAUAAGCACAAAGUUUCUAAACCACACAGUGCAAGCCGAUGCAGAUGCCAUGACCCUGACGGUUGAGAGCGGUGUGACACUUAGGCAGUUAAUCGCUGAAGCGGCUAAGAUUGGAUUGGCGUUACCUUAUGCACCAUAUUGGUGGGGACUGACCGUGGGUGGUAUGAUGGGAACCGGUGCUCACGGGAGCUCAUUGUGGGGUAAAGGAAGUGCGGUCCAUGAUCAUGUGACAGAGAUCAGGAUGGUUAGUCCUGGCUCGGUCAAUGAUGGGUUUGCAAAGGUUAGAGUUUUAAGCGAAACUACGACUCCUAAUGAGUUUAAUGCGGCUAAGGUUUCUCUUGGUGUUCUUGGUGUUAUCUCUCAGGUGACUUUUACAUUGCAACCGAUGUUUAAGAGAUCGUUACGGUAUGUUAUGAAAAAUGAUUCGGAUUUUGGGGAUCAAGCUGUGACAUUUGGAAAGAAACAUGAGUUUGCGGAUUUCAUAUGGUUACCAAGCCAAGGCAAAGUAGUGUAUCGAAUGGACGACCGAGUACUUGUCAACACAUCGGGCAACGGUUUGUUUGACAUUUUGCCGUUCCGUUCACAGCUCUCGGCGGCAUUAGCCAUCAUAAGAUCAUCAGAGGAGACGCAAGAGAGGUUCAGAGAUGCGAAUGGGAAGUGUGUAGGAGCCACACUUAUUUCAUCUACACUGUUUGCUAGUUCAUAUGGUUUGACCAACAAUGGCAUUAUAUUCACCGGUUAUCCCGUCACUGGAAGCCAAAACCGUAUGAUGUCGUCAGGAUCAUGCUUAGACAGUCUUCAAGAUGGGUUGAUCACGGCGUGUCCAUGGGAUUCACGUAUAAAAAGCGAAUUCUUUCACCAAACAACUUUCAGUGUUCCACUUACGCAAGUCAAAAGUUUCAUCGACGACAUCAAAUCUCUUGUUAAGAUCGAACGUAAAUCUCUAUGCGGACUUGAGCUAUAUUACGGUAUUCUCAUGCGCUAUGUCACAUCUUCUCCAGCUUAUCUUGGGAAAGAAACCGAAGCUUUAGACUUUGACCUAACUUAUUACCGAGCCAAAGACCCACUAACACCACGGAUUUACGAAGAUUUCAUCGAGGAGAUUGAGCAAAUUGCUUUGUUCAAAUAUAACGCAUUGCCACAUUGGGGUAAGAACAGAAACUUAGCGUUUGAUGGAGUGAUUAAAAAGUAUAAGAACGCGCCAGCGUUCUUGAAAGUAAAGGAGAGUUUUGAUCCGACCGGUUUAUUCUCGACCGAAUGGACCGAUCAGAUCUUAGGGAUCAAAGGAAACGUGACAAUAGUAAAAGAUGGAUGUGCAUUGGAGGGUUUGUGUAUAUGUUCGGAGGAUGCUCACUGUGCUCCGACAAAAAGAUAUUUGUGUCGACCGGGAAAAGUUUACAAAGAAGCUAGAGUUUGUACACGUGUCAGUGGGAUAAGUGUGAUUCAAUCAGUAAGUUAUUAAUAUUCAUUGAUUCUAAAAUCAGAAAGCAUAUUUUAUGGAUGGGUCGAUAUUUACUAUGACGAGUUAUUGCUAAUGUUGUUGUAACCAAAAUAAUAAUGUGUGAAUUAUUACUAUUUUUGUUCAAAAUUAGUUCUAUUAGUUUAUACUUUCUAAUUCUGAAAAUAAUGAUUUUAGUAAUUCAUGAAAUAAUGUAUACCUUUAUACUGACGUGCGCAUACCAUGGCGUUCUUAUCUUCAGCCUCCCAUUUGUCUAAAUAGUUUUAAGUUUACACAUAAAAUAAAUUAGAUGAAUGAGAUUUAGCUGAGUAAGGUAUAUAUUUAGAAUUAAAACAAAUUUAUCCCAUUCAGUUUCCUACAUAAUAGUAUAAAUGUGUUUUAUUUUAUUCUUUUGGUAAAAUAAGUGGAGUUUUUGUUCAUUCAAUGUAUCCGAUCUAAACGCUAUAUUAUUUUUAGCAAAAGAUAUAUAUGAAUGUUUUAUUUGACAUCUUUUAACCCUCUAUCUAAACAACCAUUCGCAUAAUCUCAAAACGAUUUGUGUAUCUUUCAAAAUAAAAUAAAUAAAAUUACUUGUGUUCACCCUAUAUUAAAGAUACAUGGAAAAAUCCAACCAAUGUGUCUUUUAUAAUAAAAACCCAACUAGUAUGUGACUGCGUAUUAUAUAGCUUGACAUAGUCAGAGAAAUCCAGAGUUGCUUUCUUAGAUACUACGAAACUCGUACGCUUACUAAUGUUUUUAAAAUACAAACAAACUAUAAUGUGUGUAUUUUACUGACAGAUGAGUUCUUAUAUGCUACGGAAACCGUAUGAUAUUUAGUAGUUGAAACUUUCUUGUAGAUAUAUAUCGUUGAUUAAUUUGCCAUUAAGCUUUUCAAGUCAUCGUUUUGAAAUAAAGAAAAAGAACUGCAUAAGCCGACGAGGCGAAUAUUUUGACUAAAAACAUUUAGAAAAUAAGGAGAAACAACAAACCAGGCAUGCGGGCUGCGGCAAUGGGACUACCAUGAUGAUAGGAGUAUGGUGAAGUCUUUCAGACCAUAUUAUAUAAAUGAAAUUACGGUGACAGCAAAAUUUUGAUGGAUCGGAUGGGGUUAGUGGUUACUACUAUCUUAAUUACAAGAUAGCACGAUAGAUGCAUCUUAUCUCAACCUUUUCUACUUUAAUAAACCAAAAUAUUUUUAUUCAAAUCGGUUUUAAACCGGCUUAUACGCCACACAACUUUUAUAAAUAGAAAACAUGUUUACAGAAAAAAAAUCCAUUUGCAAUACAUUUGGCGA